CUGUUCCGUCCAUUUAAAUUGUUUAGAAUUGUUCAAUGUUUUUAUUUGUAUGCUUCAUACAUCUCCACUUUUUCGGUUGGUUGUGGAAAUCACGUGACCUCCUGCCUAAGGUGUUUAGUUCCGUCAAUUUAAUUGCUUCAACAAAGUACCAAAGGCGCAUGAUCAGACGGUUUGAGGCACAAAGCGUAACAAUGAAGGCUGUACCUUUCACGGAAUGUCCGUGAACGCACCGAUCAUCAUUCUCAUGACCAGGAAGAAUCAUAAGGGAAACAUGGCGCCCACGCUAUCUAUGCCACACAGACACGCGCCAAACUCACGGUGUCCUGCGUGCUAGCAUGUUUUUCUUUCGUGUCACACCAGCCAUCCCACGCGCCGACAAACGCUGUCGAUAUGAGCCACCCAAAACAAACCUAUUUAGCGAAACACGAGUGCUUGACGAGCGGCUCCUGCUGCCGCGGUGGAUUGUGGGUUGGCGCGUGUCACCUCAGCUGACCGAACACCUCGCACGCGCCAGACGCUGGCGGCGAGCUCACGUGGUUUUACACCGGUGCACGCGCCAGGGAGCGGAAGCUGGUUUGUUAUAUGUCCUUUUAAAGAUGUCAGUUUACCGUCACUUCAAGCUGUGACCUGCGGGUGGACUCAGGAUUCCUUGGGGGUGAAGAGCUGUGAUGCUGCUGAGGAGCAUCUGGGACAGAAAUGAAGCGUGCGGAUUUAUGGAGUCGUCUCUCAGAUUUUGACAGGUGGGUCCCACCUGGCCGAGGAGGCCCCCCUUGCCUGCGGCGGCGGCGGUGGCGGCGGGACAGGCGCGUGCUUGUCUCGGCACGGAGGCGGACGUUUAAAUAGCGGCACGGCCGAGACCCCCUCCUCAGUGGGGCUCGUGUGGGACGUGGAGGACAUCUCGCUGUCAUGAACCUUCUCAGGAUGCUCGCCUUUGCAGUCGUGGCAACACUUUGCUUCGUUUCUCACAUGUCGGAGGGUGUGGUCGUCUACGCUUGUUACAACGAUACGGCGGUGAUGUCAUGUGAGGUGGGCACCAAGAUGAAGCUAAAUCACAUCCUGUACAAGGUGGGCGUGGGCACGCGCUGCGGCGAGGGCAAGCGUCACCCGGACGACGGACCCGACAACUACUGCUCCUUCCCGUGGGCCGAGAUGGUGGUGGAGGACCUUUGCGGGAACCGGCGGACUUGUGAGGUUCCCGUCACCGAGGUGGUGUUCGGAGAGUACGACUGCAAGGAGACCACCCGCUACCUGGAGGUGUCUUACACCUGUGUCCUACCGGCCCCGCCCCCGCCCCCGGCGCCAGCCAAAGCUGACUGUGAAAGCAAAGACGAGAAGAGCGUGUGAACUUUUCAAACGCAGCCACUUCACUUCCUGUUGGGAAUAUUCCUUUCCCGUAUUCCUUUUCCUUUCUAUUGUCAAAUAAAACCUUACCCGAC